CCCGGCAUUUUCAGCGAUAUUCGUCAAAAUGUCGGGAAAUGCUGGGAUGGGUCACCUCAUUCCCUUAGUCAACAGAUUACAAGAUGCUUUUUCUUCUCUUGGUGUCCCUUUGAAUUUAGACCUGCCUCAGAUUGCUGUUGUUGGGAGCCAAAGUGCAGGAAAAAGCAGCGUUCUAGAAAACUUUGUUGGACGUGACUUUUUGCCACGCGGCAGUGGAAUAGUUACAAGAAGGCCUUUAGUUUUGCAAUUGAUUAACUCAAAAUCUGAGUAUGCUGAAUUUCUUCAUUGCAAAGGGAAACAGUUCACUGAUUUUGCUGAGGUUCGGAAAGAGAUUGAAACAGAGACGGAUAGAAUAACCGGAACGAAUAAAGGGAUAUCUAAUAUCCCGAUAAAUCUUCGCGUCUAUUCUCCCAAUGUUCUCAAUCUUACUCUGAUCGAUCUUCCCGGCUUGACGAAAGUCCCUGUGGGCGAUCAGCCUCCGGAUAUAGAAAGUUUAAUACGCUUCAUGCUGCUGGAAUUUAUAUCAUCCGAGAGUUGCCUAAUACUGGCAGUCAGCCCUGCAAAUUCGGAUUUAGCCAAUUCUGACGCGCUUAAAAUAGCUAAAGAAGUAGACAACCAAGGACUACGCACAAUAGGUGUGAUAACGAAACUAGAUCUUAUGGAUCAAGGGACCGAUGCUCGCGACAUACUUGAAAAUAAGCUACUCCCUCUAAGACGAGUCGAUAUCUGUAAUUACACUCAGACGUGUCAUGACGUUCUUCUUGUGUCCUUAGAUGCAGAAAAAAUUCAUUUAACUAGACUUUCAGUCUUUUAUAAAGGAUAUGUUUGA